CAAACACUCCCCUCCAGGCGAGCGGACUGGACCGAGGAGCUGAGAGAGGCCGGCCCCAAAGCGGGAGGGAAAGGGCCAAUGCCAGGUCGCCUUGGGAGCGAUGCCCUGGAGGGGACCGGCAGGGGCGGCGUCGCGGCAUCUCGAGGCCCCUACCCCACCCCUGUGACGGGGUAAACACUGACGCCCUGUGUGGCCAGGGCCGCUGGACACGUCCGGAUGCUGCUCCUCCCGAGACUCGGGCCGCCCCUGGGAGCGGCGGCGGAGUCCCAGGAGCUACGCGCAGCGCUGCGAUGGACCCAGGCGGGCAGGGCGCCGAUGCCUGCGCGGAGGGCGAGGCGAGCGACCCGUACCGGCGGCCGGCGCGGCGUACCCAGUGGCUGCUGAGUGCCCUGGCGCACCACUACGGGCUGGACCGCGGCGUGGAGAACGAGAUCGUGGUGCUGGCCACCGGCCUGGACCAGUACCUGCAGGAAGUCUUCCACCACCUGGACUGCCGCGGCGCUGGGCGCCUGGUGGGCCUCUGGAAGAACCAGGCGGAAGACCGCGAGGUGGAUCGCGGCGAGUCGGAGGGUGCCGCGCCGGCGGCGGAGGCCCGCGCCGGGCUGCUGCGCCGGGGCCAGGCCGAAAUGCGGCGGCGUGCGGAGAAGGCCCGGCAGGCGGUGCUGCUCAGCCUGCCCCGCGUGCGCGAGCUCGAGGCACUGGCGCGCCAAGUGCCCGACCUGCGGUGCUGCGUGCAGCGGCUGGAGGCAGAGCUGCGGGGCUGCAGGUUAGAGCGCCCCACCCUUCAGCGAGUCAGCCCAGAGCCAAGAGAUGAGAGUGGCCAACAUGAGGACAGUGGGGCCCAAGGUCCUUCCCCAGGAGGAGCCUGGCCAGCAGACAGCAGUUCCAGAGCCAUAGCCCUGGAUGAAGGAGACAUGGAAGAUCAGCUGUUCCGCUCUGUAGAGGGCCAGGCAGCCUCCGACCAGGAGGAGGAGGAGGCAAAGGUGUGCUGUGAGGGGCAAAGGUCCCCAGCAUCCCUGACCAAGACACUGUUGGCUCAGCUGUCCAGCUGCAUGAGCAGGCCUGACGACCAGACAGCCCAGAAGCUCAGGACACACUUCGGACACUUUGGUGGAGCUGACCACACACACGCUCUGGGAGAGCUGGAGGCCCAUGUCGCCAUGCUGGUGGAGAAGAACCUGGGGAUCCCUGGGGAGGCAGAGCCAGAGUGGAAGAAGGAAGAGAAUGAACACCUGAGGCUGGAGCUGCAGGUGGUGGAGACCGAGAGGGUGCGGCUGUCCCUGAUGGAGGAGAAGCUGGUAGAUGUGCUCCAGCUUCUGCAGAGGCUCCGGGACCUGAACAUAUCAAAAAGAGCCCUGGGGAAGAUCUUGCUGAGCACGCUGGAUGCUUGCAGGGACCCUGCACACGAAAGGAGAGCUGGUCCUUCGGCAACCCUGGACGCCCUGUACCAAGCCUUGGCUGGCUGCAAGCUCUUGCAGGGACAGCCCUCUACACCAACCUCUGCACCAGCUGUGCUCAACAACCCCCUCCUCAUCUCCUGCUAAGACUGCUGGCCCAUGUGCUGGCACCCUGAUCAACCAACCACCACUGGACCUGCCUCUACCAUGAGCCCGACCACUGUUGCCUAACCAUAGGCACGUCAUUAGAACCAAGACAGCCAUGCCCAGAGCCUCACUGCAGAGGGCCAGCUCUUCCCACAUUCCCUCAAGGCCCUGUGUUCUUGCCACCAAAGUCCACAUUUAAGCCCUGUCCCCAGUGCUGUCUCCUCUCCCUGAGAGCAGAGGCACCUACUUUCCUACCCAGUUCAGCCCAGGACUGCCCCCUUCCCAGCACUGUCCCCCCCUUCCACCCACUGGCGUGCCUGCUGCAAAAGAGACCGAGCCUAACCUUCAGGAUACACCUCGUCCACAGGGAAGCUCCCCACAGCCCAGGAAGUGCUGGAGGCCAGGAGAGGCUGGGGUAUUCCAAGGAGGGAGGUAUCACUAUAGAAUUCCUGGGGGAGCUGGACCUUGAGCUGGCCUUGAACUAUGUCUAAAGGGAGGGAAGCAUUAGUUGGGCAAAGGGGUGGGGAGGCAUUUUAUUUGGCAUGGUGGCUAAGGUUAAUCCAGUCUUCCUCCUGAACACCAGGUUGUGGGCCUCGUGGGAUGGCAGGAAGGAGCAAGACAAGGUGCUGGUCUCACCUGCUUAGGAGCUUAAGAUAAGCAGACACACUGGUGAAGUCAGAAAGGGAGAUCCAAGUCAGAGGGAAGCAAAACGACCAUCAUGAAAGCCCUAAGAGUGGUGUCUAGGAGUAUGGGAGCACUGCAGGGGGCCCAGACAUGGCCACAGGGGCUUGGUCUGCUCUAAAGAGCAAUGGGAAGAGGGCAGGGACAGGUCAUAAAGGGCCUCAGAGACCCAUGAGGAUGACACUUUCUCCUACAGGCCACAGGGAGCCACUGGAGUUUCUAAGCUGCCACUGGAGUGUUGACUGGAGGCAAAAGAGGACAAUAGCACACACAGGACAAGAGGAGCAAGGGGACCCAAGGGACAUGAGAUAGAACCAGAGGAGGGCAGCAAAGAGUCAAUCAGGGGGUCAGAGCAGCAGUGGGCUUCCAGGAAGGGCAGCAGAAGGGAGCAGGAGGGGCUGAAGGAGCCCUGGACCCUCAGCAGCUUGGCUUGGAAGAGGCAGCAGGCAGCCCUUGCAAACUCCCGGGAGAAAGACACAGGGAUACCAAUUUCCAGAAAUGGAAUCCAAAAGCUGAAUGUCCAGUGGCCAUCACAGAGGGUCGGCUCAGCCCUGGUCCUGUCAGAGAGCACAUGCCUGCUCAGGAAAGGCACAGGUCCCCAAUGGGUGACCCCAGCUCAUUCUCCACUCAACUGGACCCACCAGGUAGGUUCUUUGGUGCUGCACUGACAGCUGUGUGACCCACACAUGCCCCUGCUCAGUAAGGGUGUCAGCUGCCCUGGGCCCUGGUCAUGGUGGGUCAUGAGAGCCUGUGCAUGUGUUAAAACUCAGUGUGGACAAGAAUGAGCGUGAAUGCCCUGAGGGUACAGGAACAGCCCACCAGCACGGCAGCAAUGCAGUGCUUGAGCAAAGUUAGAUCUGUGCGGAGGGUUACAGGUGUGGUUCCCAGUAGACCUGCACACACCAGGUGCAUGCACCAUGGCCCUGGCUGGGAAGAGUGAGAGUGGGAGACUCAUGGCAUGAGACCCACUGAGGGUACUUCUCUCUCUGUCUCUUGCUCUCAUGAGAGAGAGAAAUAAACUUAAAAACAAAACUCCCAGGGGACACAGUAAGAGGGGACCGUCACACUUUUGUGCGUUUUACCUUCAGGGGCCCCAUUACAUUCUCAUAGUAAGAUGGAAGGAAAAUCCAUUUGUGCUUCUGCAUGGGAGGGAGAAAAGAGCCAUUCUGAAAUGCUGAGAACACUGCACCCUUCUCAACAAGGUCUGCCUGCGAGAGACAGUUCUCUCAGUCUCUGACCUGUUGGGGUUUUGUUAGAACCUAAUCACCUGGAAGAAGGAAACACCACUCCAGCUCCCUCAAGCUAUCUUGUCCUACCAAGGAAGGGACCUGAGAUGGUCACAGCUCAGGGCACAAGCUCUCUAAAUGAUAGGGACCCAAUCACAGGACUGUGGAACUCAUCUCUUUCCACACACCUCACCACUACAUCACUAGAGACUUAUUUACAACAAUUCCUGUCAUCUAGCAUGUCCUAUCUGCCUUUCAACAAACCACUAUAAGGCACAAAAAGCAAAGUUUUAAAAAAGUAAACCAAACAUCAGAAUCAGAUCCAGCUGUGGCAGGGAUAUCACUUGUUAGAAAUAGCAAAGAUUUUUUUUUUUUUUUUUUUUUAAUCUGAGGGAAUGGGGAGAGAGGUACUCAUCACACUGUGACCUGCCCCAGCCUCCCGAGAUCAUGGGCAUAUGUCAGUAUGCCUGGUGUGUUCAGGUCCAUCCAGUAGUAACACAAUGCAGAAAUACUCAAGAAAAUUUCAGUAGAAAUCUAAUCCAGGGCCACCGUGUAUUCUAGGGUUAAGGCAGCUAGAUACCGAACAGACUGUGCGAUUCCAAUCCUGCUCCUAGUGGCUUUAGAAACACAGCAGGUUGGGACCAACAGUUAGCGUAAUGGCUUUGU